GAAGAGGCCUCGACCACACGUUUCAAAAAGACUUCCCAAAGUCCCGUCGAAAAUCGUCAUCUCAAUUCUCAACUACGCAGGAAAUAUUUCACGGUGACCACCAACCUGAGCUCCGCCGUACGCAUUCGUCGAUGGCGGUGGUUCUUUCUGUUGGAAACUCCUCUUUGCACCACCGCAACCGCCGACCUCAGUCGUCUGAGUUGUCGCUCAAUAAGCGUUCAAGCAGUAAUAUCAGUUUGUUUGGCGGUAGGUUGUUCACGCAUGACGGAAAACUCGCUCUUAACAGUACGCAAAAUUUGUUCAACCGUUCACCUUUCUGUACUAGAAGCUUUCGGGGAGAAGAUGCAGAAUAUACUGACACAACAAGAUACAUAAACAACUCUGAGGGACAAGAUGAAACUACUGAUGUGAUACUUGGGAGUCAACAACAAAAUAAAACCACUGUUACAAGGAGUUCAUUGUUGGCACAACUAGCAAUACUCCUGGGUGUUGCUGCAACCAUCACAUUAUUGUCCAUAUGUUUUAAACAGCCCAAUCAGGGAUCAUCUUCUAGUAUUCAAAUAUUGGCUGGGAGUUCACCUACCUCUGCUGUAUCCACUGUUGGUUUUUCUUUCAAUGCUUUUGGAUACAAGAUCAUACUUCCAGAAUACACUCCAGGAUGGAUCUAUUUUUGGCUGCUGAUGGCUGCAGGAUGUGGACUUUUUAUCAGUGAAGAGGCAUUGAAUAUAUGGGUGGGCAUCUCACUAGCACGGAUGUUGUCACUGGAUGGAACCAGACAGUCUUUGGCUGAAUCAUUUUCAAGAAAUGCCCCACACAUUUUGUCCACUGUAUUGUGGGUAUACUGGGGAGUUUGCAUUAGUGAUAUGAUACCAUUUUACCUUGGGAGGCUUUUUAAGAAAUCUGGUGCAUCUGAUGAUGUUUAUUCAAAGUUAGGGAUUAGCAAAGACAAAGCACUUGGCCUUACUAACAUUGUUCAAAGAUAUGGGAAUCUCAUUGGUUUUGUUGAACGAUUUUCUCUAGGGGUGAGAAAUCCAACAGCCUUUUUUGCUGGGGCACUGGAUAUAUCCCCUGAGUGUUUCUUUGCUGGUGUUUGUUGUGGUGGCUUAAUUACUCUUCCAAUUCAGCUUGCAAUUGGCUUCUUACUGAGAGAACGCCCUGUAUUUGCCAUUGCCACUGUUGCUACAGUAGUUGGAGUAUGGACUGUGUUCCCAUAUGCUGUGGCAGCUAUAACAGCACUAUUUUUUUACCUGAGAAGGCGUUACUCUAAUUAACCUUGCUACCAAUUAAUGAGGUACCAAGGAUUAGAUAGAUAUUAUUAGUUUAUUACUAUUAACCUAUUCAAAACAUUACAUUAUUUUCAGGAUGAUAGAUAAUAGAUGGUAGAUAAGAAAACUAGAAAGAAGUAAAAUUUAAUGUGUAGAUAGAUUUCGAGAGCUCAUUUUUCAAACCACAAGAGCUGUCUUUUAUUUGUAAUUCUAUACACAGCUUUAUCUUCUAUGAGCUAUAUACAAGGCUGUUUCUUACUUGUGCUUUUAUAUUACUGGUUAGAUUUGUCUCAAUUCUUACAUAUUAUGCUCAAAAAGUGCAAACAUAUUUCCAAUAAAUACUAAACAUAUAAUUUAAGUAUUAUUACAUUACAUCUCUCAAGUGGGAGGUUCAAGAGUUGCAAGAUAAGAUAGUUGGAUGCUGUAGGCUUCUUUAAGUUCUGCAAGUACUGUAGACAUAUUUGGUCUUUGUGAUGGAUCUCUAUCAACAGACAUGGAAGCAAUUGUAGCUGUUUUUCUCAUACUCUCUUCAUCAUAUGUUCCUUGUAAGCUCUCAUCCACUAUCUCAAAUACACCCGCUUGAAGAUACGGUUUCGCCUGUCAAAAUUCCCAAUUUUUUUGGUCAAAGGUUGACCUAACAUAAGUGUAAAUAGAAAAGGAGAAGUUUUUUGAAUACCCAUAAAACCAAAUUGAAUGAAUCCGGUGAUCCAGUUCUCCUUAAUGGUUCUCUACCACAAAUUAGCUCCAAAAGAACAACUCCAAAGCUAUAAACAUCACUCUUUUCUGUCAAUUGUUGUGUGGAAUAAUAUCUGCAUACAAAUACAAGUAU